AGCCCCAUUUGUUUUCUCACAUUGCCAUUCAUUUUUCUCUCUAUUCUUUUGCUUUUCCACAUUGUUUAUGUAAUAAAAAAAAAAUGGACGAGGCUAAUAUAGCUUGGAACCUUGUUAGAGCUCUCAUUAAACCCAUCAAACGUGAAACUAGUUUCAUCAUUCUCUACAAGAGAAAGGCUGCGAACCGUGACAGUAAAGUUAGGCAACUGAAAUUCAAAUGGGAGACAGUGCAAUCUGCUGUUACUCUUGCAACAAGAAACGGUCAAGAAAUCAUACAGGUGGUGAAGGACUGGCAGGACCGAGCUAGACCCAUAGCUGAGGAGCCUGAGAAAGCCUUGGGUGAGGAACCUAAGUGUUUCUUUGGUUGGUUUCCAAAUUUGAAGUACCGGUACGAGGUCAGCAAGAAAGCAGAGGAGGAUGGAUUGGUCAUUGACAAGCUUCUAGAUGAAGCAAGUGGAUUCAAAGACAAAGUUGCUCACCCUUUUGAUCCACAGGUGAGAUGGGCGACACCCUCCGAGUGUUACAUGGCGUUUGAAUCGAGAGAGGCGGUUGUGAACCAGGUUCUGGUGGCACUAAAAGAUGCUACUUUGAAGGUCAUUGGUGUGUAUGGUGUAGCUGGCAUUGGGAAGACUACACUCAUCACACAAGUGGCUAAAAUGGUUAAGGCAAACAAGGUGUUUGAUUGGGUAGCUCUUUCAAGUGUAACUCAGACACCAGAUGUUGAGACCAUUCAAGCAGAGAUUGCAGACUGUCUUGGUCUCAACUUUGAAGAGGAGUCAGUUAAGGGAAGAGCCACCAAGCUAAGACAUAGAUUGAGUAAGGAGAAAAAUGUUUUGGUAAUUUUGGAUGACAUUCGGACAAGUUUAAACUUGAAUGAUGUUGGAAUUGUAUGUGGAGAUCAUCAGCAUAGAGGGUGUAAGAUACUGCUAUCAUCAAGAGAUCCCAAUGUCUUAUGUGAAAUGAAUGUUGACAAAUCGUUCAAAGUCGAUGUUCUAAAAGAAGAAGAAGCCUGGAAUCUGUUCGAUAAAAUGGUCGGUGAUAGAGUUAAAGAUCCCAGUGAACGGUCCAAAGCUCAUGAUGUAUGUAGGGGAUGCCGGGGCUCGCCACUUUCCAUUGUAACAACUGCAAAUGCCUUGAAGAAGAAGGAUUUCUCUGAAUGGGAAUCCGCUUCGAAACAGCUAACGACUCAUCCUUCCUCGGCUGUAGAGUUGAGUUUCAAUCAUUUAGCUAAUGAUGAACUUAAAUCUGCUUUCCAGCUUUGUAGUCUUAUGCCAUACAAGCCUACCAUUUUCGACAUGUUGAAAUAUGGUACGGCUUUCGGUUUGUUUCAAGGAAUUACAACAGUGGAAGGAGCGAUUCAGAGACUACACAGAUUGGUACAAAACCUCAAAUCCUCAUGUUUACUAUUUGAUGGUCGAAUGGCUGAGGAAUUUGCAAUGCAUGAAGUGAUUCGAGAAGUUGCUGCAUCAAUAGCAUCCAGGGAGGGAAAAAUGUUCUUGAUGAGAAAUGAAAUUGGACAAAGAGAGUUGCCGAAUGCUGGUAGGCUAAGAAACUGCACCGCAAUCUCGCUGUUUUACAACGAUUUUGUUAUACUUCCUGAUCAACUCGAAUGUCCACAACUUAAAGUUUUUCAACUUUACGACAACAAUCCCGUUUUGAGAAUCUCCGAUCAGUUCUUCUCGAAGAUGGAAGCAUUGGAAGUCUUAGACGUGAAAGGAAUGAAGCAUUUGUCAUCGUUGCCUUCAUCACUCAGUUCAUUGGGAGACCUUCAAACUUUAUGUUUGGAGUCAUGCGUUUUGCAGCACUUGGCAAUGGUUGAAAAGAUGAAGAAACUCGAAAUCCUUAGCUUCAACAAUUCCAUCAUAGAAGAGUUGCCUAAAGAAAUAGGGGAAUUGACUCAGCUAAAGGUGUUAAACUUGGAUAAUUGCUCCAAACUGAGAGCGAUUCCCCCUAAUGUAAUAUCAAACCUGUCUCGACUGGAAGAACUACAUAUCGGUAACAGUUUUGCUCAAUGGGAGGAUGAACAAACAACACAGCGCCAUGCUAGCCUCAGUGAGUUGAAUCACUUACCUGAUCUAACCAGUUUAAACUUGCAUAUUCCUGAUUAUCGUAAUAUGCCGAAGAGAUUCUUCUUCAAGAAGUUGCAAAGAUUCAAGAUAUUGAUAGGAAACACAUGGGAUUGGUCAGACAAGCAUGAAGCCUCAAGAAUAUUGAAGCUCAAGCUCAAUGAAAGCAUUCAUAUGAAUGAUGGGGUUCAAAUACUGUUAAAGAGAACUGAAGUUUUGUAUCUAGAUGAUUUGAAGUAUGUUGAGGAUUUGUUAUAUGAUUUGGAUGAGAGUACAACAGGCUUUCCACAGCUGAAGUAUCUCCAUAUCCAAAAUGGUCCGGGACUAAAGCAUAUUGUUAACUUGACUGACAAGGUUACUCUUGAUGUUUUUCCUGUCUUGGAGUCAUUGUAUCUUCAUAAUUUGAUCAACUUGGAGAAGAUAUGUAAUGCUCAGCUUGAAAUGCAACCCUUUGCCAAGUUGAGAGUGAUAAAUGUGGGAAGUUGCAGUCAAUUGAAGAAUUUGUUUUCAUUCUCCAUUGCCAGAGGCCUUCAACAACUUCAAGAAGUUCAAGUGGUAGACUGCAAAAACAUGGUAGAGAUCAUUACAGGUGGAAGAGGAAGGGAUGUUGGUGACAAUGAAACAACAACCACGAUUGAGUUCGAGCAGUUGCAAUCCUUGACGCUACAACAAUUACCGAAGCUUAUCAGUUUCAAUGCAAGCAGUACUACUGCAACACUCUUCAAUAACAAGGUCACAUUUCCCAAGUUAAAGAGCUUGAAAUUGUCCUCAAUUAGCACAUUACAGAUAUGGCAAGAGCAGCUUUUAUCAGUCCCUAAUUGCAUUCAAAGUUUAACCAGCAUCACUGUGGAGGAUUGUGGUAAUCUGAAAUUUCUACUAUCAUCUUCUAUGGUAGCCAGUUUAGAGCAAUUGAUCCAUCUAGAAAUAAGUGAAUGCAAGCUAGUCGAGGCAAUCAUUGAAGAAACAAAAAUGGAGGAAAGGAUGGAGAAAAUAUUGUUUCCAAAUCUUCAUUCCUUAAAGAUAAAAGGCCUUCCACAGUUGACUAGAUUCUGCUCAGGAAAAGCUGUUCAGUUUCCUUCCUUGAAACAAUUGCAGAUAGAGCAUUGUCCUAAACUAGGGACAUUCAUCUCCAACUUUGUGAAGAACGAAAUUCGACCUCUCUUCGAUGAAAAUGUAGCAUUUCCUAGCUUGGAGAAGAUGUUAAUCUCCCAGUUGAGCAGCUUGAAAAUGUUAUGGAAUGAUCAAUUACCCAAAAAUUCCUUUAGUGAACUAAAAACAAUGGAAGUUGAGUACUGUUUACAGCUACAAACCAUAUUUCCAUUUAAUAUGGUAGAAAAAUUUCAAAGGUUGCAGACUCUGGUAAUAAAUGAUUGUGUUUCAUUGGAAGAAGUCUUCGAUUUCCAAAGGCUCAAUAUCAAAGAAAACAAGACUGAGGUAGCAAUUCCAUUGAAGAAACUGUACCUGUUUAACUUACCACAGUUGAAACAUGUGUGGAGUAAGGAUCCCCAAGAAAGGAUCAGUUUCAAGAAUCUGACCUCUGUAUAUGUUUUCGGAUCUGAGAGUCUGAAAAGCCUAUUUCCGGCCUCGGUUGCAAGAGGCCUCCAGGAACUCGAAAGUCUUGAAAUAGACACUUGUGGGGUGGAACAGAUUGUUGCAAUGGAUGUAACUCCUCAACCAGAAACUAGAUUCGUGUUCCCUAAACUAGCCUUUCUACAACUUUGGAGACUCGAAAAACUCAGAAGUUUCUAUCCGGGAGUUCAUUCAACUGAAUGGCCGAUGUUAAAAAGAAUCGUGACCUACCAUUAUGGUGAUAUGAAGAUGUUCACUUCAGAACUUCUUGGAACUAGGCAGACACGAACUGUUUCUCAGCCGCUCUUCUUGGUUGAAAAGGUAGUUCAAAACUUGGAUGAACUUACAUUAGACAGUAGAGACAUCUCAAUGUUAAGCGACGAAAAUGUCUUUCGACCUGACCUAUUCAGCAGUAUAAAAGUUCUGCAAGUGCAUUGUUAUCAUCAAGAAUCAGCUAUUUUACCAUUUGGAUUCAUCCAAAACUUCACCAAUUUAGACAACCUUAAUGUUGGUUGUUGUAAAUUCAGAGAGCUCUUCCCAUCCGAGAGACUGGUCGGCGAUCCGAGAAAACCUCUCGGGACACUAUCAGGAAUUCGUACCUUGAAGUUGGUACUCCUUUCGAAUCUGCGUCAUAUAUGGAAGCCAAACUCGAGACCGGACCUAAUUCCUCCCUAUCUUGAAUCUCUGGUAGUUUGGAAUUGUAACAGGUUGAUCAGUUUGGCACCACCAUCUUCAUCGUUCUCAAAUCUCACCACUUUGGAUAUAUGGAAAUGUCAUGGUGUGAAGCAUAUAAUUUCGUCAUCUACUGCCAAAACACUUACAAAACUCACCAAAAUGAGUGUAAGAGAGUGUGAUGAAGUGACUGAAAUUGUUGCAAAUGAUGAAGAUGAAACAUUGACAGACAUUGUUUUCAGUAAACUUGUCUGUUUGGAGCUAAAUAAACUGCCCAUGCUCCUAUAUUUUGACUCAGGGAGUUAUGCCUUGAAAUUCCCAUUAUUGGAAGUUAUAACACUGAGUCAAUGUCCGAGUUUGAUUGAAUUUCAUACGAGAAACGAAUUAAGCACUCCAAAGCUAAAGAAGGUUUGGCAGACAGAAGAAAUGGAUCAAAGUUGUUGGGAAGGCGACCUUAAUGCCACUGUCUCCGAGAAAAUGGUUUUAGGUACAAGAAGAAGAGACCAUGGUUAUAGGAGGAAGAUCGAUUUAACGUGAGAUUAAUAUUUGAGGGUGAAUUUCUUAUCCCAAAAAUAUAUAUAAUUAUGUGUAAUUAGAAUGAUUUCAAUUAUUUUAUAAACUUAUUAUUUAUUUUAUUAU